GUUUGAUUCUCAGUUGACAGCCGCAAUAUUAGAAAAAAAAAAGUGAAUGGGCUUCCUCUUCAACGCAUCAUGACCGAAACUGCUGCUGUUGUCCAAGACCUUGAAGUCAGCCGUUAUGAACGCGAACGUCAAGAGAAGAUUGCGGAAAACCAAAGGAUAUCCCUCACCUAUCUCAACUCGAUUCCAACGCGGUCCGAAAACGCGCCAAGUUCAUCCCCAAAGAAGGCCGACCUAACAAAACCUUGCCAGCCACCCGUAUUUCGCGAAGGAUAAAGGGCAUGGAGCCUGAAAAAAUCGCUGAAUUGGAAGAAGUUCUUGAUGCCAAUGACAGAACGCGGCAGGUGGCUGUCAAUGUCAUCUCAGAACUGCAAGUGGAACCUAAAAAUGAACCGGUGUUGCCCGAUGAUAUCCAUGUCCCUUUGACGUUAGCUUCCAUCGGCACGACGAUUUGGUCACUAGGAGAACUGUAUGUUGGAGAAGGACGUAAAAAAUACUGGAGCACAAGAGGCUGUAAAUACAAACAUCCUUAUCCCAUCGGCUACAAAGCGACAAAAUCCCACUUUGGCAACAACUACACCAUGACCAUUACAAAAGGCGACAAUGGACCUGUGUUUUCAGUUCAGGUCAAUCAAUCUUCUACCAUCUUUACAGGUCCCACUCCGACAGCGCCGUGGACGGAAGCGUGCAAAAAGAGCAAAUCACAAAAUACCCGAGUGAGCGGUCCCUUGUUUUACGGUUUUUCAGAUAUUUUGACGAUGCAUCUCAUUGAACGCAUGGAAGGCUAUGAUCUCGCAUGUCAGCCCGAAAUACCGGAACAACGAACGUGACCUUGACGAUUCAAUCUUCAUUUUCUAAAUUCCAUUCAUUUCCUAACGCGAAGCCCGUGUACCUGUGUGC